UGUGUUGAAAAGUGAUUGCCAAUCUGUCGAUUCUGUCUCUGGAGUGCGUAGAUUGAACGAGAUUCUUCAAAAAUGGAAUCGCAAAGUAUCCAAGUUUCGCAUCUUCCAGAGACCAAAGGAUUCGAUCUGUCAGCUGGAAAUACUUGGAUAUAUCCGGAAAAUUAUCCAAUUCGCCAGUACCAGUAUAACAUAGUUCAAUCUGCUUUAUAUCGAAAUACUAUGGUUUGUUUACCCACCGGUUUGGGAAAAACAUUUAUUGCUGCUGUUGUGAUGUAUAAUUUUUGGAGGUGGUAUCCAUCUGGAAAGAUUGUAUUUCUGGCACCGACGAAACCUCUGGUUGCCCAGCAGAUUGAGGCAUGCUAUGAAGUAAUGGGGAUUCCAAAUGUCGAUAUGAUAGAACUGACAGGUGCAGUAAUUCAGAAGAAUCGUGAAAUAGCUUGGCUCAAGAAGAGAAUAAUAUUUGCUACUCCUCAAGUGUUUCAUAAUGAUCUUGAGAGAUCAAUCAUACCAAGUCAUCUAAUUAAGUGUAUUGUCGUGGACGAAGCUCAUAAGGCUCUGGGCAAGCAUUCGUAUUGUGAGUGUAUCAGAAUAUUAUCCACGCAGAAUCAGUACUUCAGGAUAUUAGCACUUUCUGCUACGCCUGGAAAUAAAAUAGAUAAUGUUCAUGAAGUAAUACAGAAUUUAAAUAUCUCUCACUUGGAAUUGAGAGAUGAGAACUCAAUCGAUAUAAUACCAUAUAUUAAUAAAAGAAAAGUAGAUAUUAUUUUGGUACCUCUUAGCAAUGAAUUAGCUGCAUUCAAAGAGAGGUAUAUUACUGUUAUGGAUCGCCACGUAAAAUUUCUUAUGCAAUGUAAUGUAUUGCGAGGUCAUACUGCAAACAUAUCUAAAGGAAGGGUAUUCCAUUUGUUGAGGGAAUUUAAAACAAAGACAAACAAAUCUGGAAAUUAUGGGCAAAUCAUGAAGACAUUGAAUAUAUUGUUAACUAUGUAUCAUGCUUAUGAACUUAUGAUUAGACAUGGAUUGCGUGCUUUUUGCAAAUUUUAUGAAGCUCAUUCUGAUAAGUUUUGGAUACACAAUGAAAAUCAAUUACGAGAUUUACUCCAUGACAUAGAAGCUCAUCUUGGACCAUUUCCGGAAUUAUAUCCUAAUGGAGACAUAUCUGAGAUACCAGCCAAUAUUGUAUUUGGACAUAAUAAAUUUCACAAACUGAAAGAGUUGCUUGAACAUCACUUUAAUAGUAUCAAUGGUGAUCGAAAGGACACAAGAGCUAUAGUUUUCGUCGAAUACAGAGACAUAGUCAAUGAGGUCUAUAUUUUGCUUUUGCAAUCAAAACCGAUAAUUAGGCCACAGAUGUUUGUUGGCCAAGCUAGUCAGAAGCAAAAGCAACAAAUAAAAGCGUUGGAAGAUUUUCGAAGCAAUCGUGUGAAUGUACUGAUUUCUACAAGUAUAGGUGAAGAAGGAUUGGAUGUAGGAGAAGUAGAUCUUAUAAUAUGUUUUGAUGUAUCACAGCAUUCUCCGAUAAGAUUGGUUCAAAGAAUGGGCAGAACCGGACGUAAACGAGAUGGUCAUAUAAUUGUUCUUGUUACAGACGGGAAGGAACACGAGAAUUUGAAGUCUACGCUUUCUAGAAGGGACUCUUUAAAUAAUAAAAUAUUAAACACAAGCAACAUAUUUUCCUCCUUAUACGAUAAUAAUCCUAGAAUGAUACCAAAUCAGUUUACUCCGGAAUGCCAUAAGAUGCAUAUUAUAGCAUUACCAAAAACGCCAAAUGUCAAAGGUAAAAGGGGGAAGAAAAAUAUCAAUAAAAAGAAGGAAGCGUUUAACAUGAAACAAAAAGAAAACUUAUCUAAAAAAGGAAAUCCAAGUCAGUCGUUGAUGAUGAGAUUUCUUACUGAUAAAUGUAAUGAACAGAACCGGGAUAAGACAUGCAAUAUUCUUACUCAGUUAACAAUGCAAAAUAAUAAUACGAUAAAUCCUAAUAAUGUCAAACUGUUAACUGAUGACAGUGCGGGAAUCGAUUUCUUGACGUUAUAUGCAGUAAAGAAAUCGGAGGAAGAAAUGUCUUUUGAAGCUGUUUCUAAAAUGGAUACGACUUAUAUUCCCGUACCAAAACCAAUUGAAGAUUUAUUCAGUUUCGUAGUACCUGAUGUAAAAGUUAUUAAUUUAUCUUUUUUAACGGAAGAUAAUUUAACGCAAUGUAAAAAUUACGAAAAUAAUUUAUCAAUACAAUGUAAAAACGAAAAUGAGACUAUUCAUGACAAUGAUUAUAUUAACAUCGAUGAUGGUAAUUUUUGGUGCACUAUCCGAAAUGAGAGGAGUAUUCACAACAAUGAAAUAAGAUUUGAAGAUAUACUUGAGGAGAGUUCCGAUUCGAAUGAAACAUCAGUUUCGUAUAUAAACCAACGAAUUACAAAUGUAGAGAUAAAUUCAAAUAAAGUAUCUACAUCUGAUAUGAAAGAGGACAAUGAAAUUAUAACUGACAUAAGAACUGAAUUAUCAACUAAUACAUUAGAAGACCUAGGACCUACUAUAUUUGAGAAUAUAUUGAAUGAAUCAUUUAGUUCUGUCGAAAACGAUUUAAAAGAAGAGGAUGUAUUUGAGAACAUAUUAAAUAAAUCAUUUAGUUCAGUAGAAGACGAUUUAGAAAAUAAGGAUGAUACAGCAUUGCGAAGUGCAGAAUCAAAUCUUUCAAACAGUUUCAUUAAAAAUGCAGAAGAAAUUAAUGUGUCGUAUGAAGCUAACGUUAACACUUUUCAUAACGAAGAUAAUGUUGUUAAAACUAAUCUAUCAGCGUCUAUGAAACUCGCUAAGUCGGAUAAGUUCGCGAAUUUUAUUGAUGAAAUACAAGAUGUUGAUUUUAAUAGUGAUGUUGAUAUAAACGAAUUUAUUAAAUGUGAUUCUAGUAAAAAUAAAUCGAUAUACAAUUCCAAAGCAGAAGAGAGUUUGUUAUCUAUAACUCAAGCUAUUGGCGAAAUAGCACGAGUAAAAAGAAAUUUGGUAAUAUCAAGACCUUCUGUAAAUAAAGAAGAAUCGAUUAAUAAAGACAGUACUGGCUGGAUUUCAGUCAAUAUUAAAAACGACAUCAAAGCUGAGAAAAGCGAUCUGAAUUCGAGGACAGACAUCACAUUAUCAAAUACUCAUUGCAAUUCUGCUGCUAAAUCAUGUACUGUUAAACAAGAUUUUGAUUUGAUCCUAGAUGAUUCUGAUGAAGACUUCAUGAUUACGGAAGACAGUGCUAAGAAAUUUAAUGAGCUUGAAAGUUGUUACUUUCGCAACUCGUCGAAAAAUUUGAAGGACGAUAUUAGAUGUAUGCCUAGUACAUCGAGAAACUCAGUAAUUAUAAAUGGCUGUCUUGAUGAUGCACCGAAAACCUUGAAAAUGAAAGACAGUUAUUUCGAUAAUAUCUCGAAAAAUCUUAAACCAAGUGGCAUAUCAACACCGAAAAAUGAUAGACAUUCGAAAUUGUCUUUGAAACGGAACAAAGCCCAGCAGAAUUCGAGUACGAUAAAUUUGAAUUUCUUCAAAGCACCUGAUAAAUAUGUGAACAAUACAGCAGAAAAAAAUAUUUUAAAAUCUGAUCCUGAUACACCAAAGCAAAUCUUUCUUUUGAAUGAAAAAAUCGCAAAGAAAAAUAAGCGUAGGCUCAAAUGUGAAAACAAUGUCAAAAACGAGUUUAUAGAUGACGAAGCUGAAGUAGACUCUGAUGUCAGUUCGGACGAAAUCGUUACAGAUGAAGAUUUUGGGGAUUUUGUGAGCUAUACACAAUUCUCACAGGAACAAGUCGACAUGCAUGCGCAUUAUCUGCAAACUGUUAAGAGCCCGAUAAAGAAACCAGGCGCUUUUCAUUUUAGGGAACCACGAUCACCUGAUUUAAAUACGGAGAUCUACUCGCAGUUUUCGUCGCAAAUUCAAAACUCGUAUCUUUAUGAUUCGUUUUGCAUUGCGGAAGACGUAGAACCAAGCAUACUCCAUAAUGAUUUGUUAUUAGAUAGAAUGGAAAGGAAAUUGGAACAAAAUAGACGAAAACGUCUCUGUUUUGACAAGAAUACGAAACGUACUAAAAAGAAAAAGAUGAAUAUUUUAAAUUGCUCUGUGAGCAGCGAGGAUGAAAUCGAACAGCUGCGUUUACAAGUGCAGAAAGACUGAUUAUAAGUUAACAAUAAUCCAGCUGUGAUGCGUUGAUGUAUAAGUUAUGAAAUGUAGUGAGAAAUUUAUUUUCA